UUGGGAUCCCGCCGCCGGGGCCGCAGCAUGGGGCGCUUCCGCGGGGGCCUGCGGUGCAUCAAGUACCUGCUGCUCGGCUUCAACCUGCUCUUCUGGUUGGCAGGGUCGGCUGUCAUUGGUUUUGGACUAUGGUUUCGGUUUGGAGGCACCAUGAAGGAUUUCUCAUCGGAAGACAAGUCCCCAGAGUAUUUCUACAUGGGGCUGUAUGUGCUGGUUGGAGCAGGGGCCUUGAUGAUGGCUGUGGGCUUCUUCGGGUGCUGCGGAGCCAUGCGGGAGUCGCAGUGUGUGCUCGGAUCUUUCUUCACCUGCCUACUGGUGAUAUUUGCUGCUGAAGUAACCACUGGAGUAUUUGCUUUUAUAGGCAAGGAUGUAGCCAUACGGCAUGUUCAGACCAUGUAUGAAGAGGCUUAUAAUGAUUACCUGAGAGACAGGGAAAGGGGGAACGGGACUCUCAUUACCUUCCACUCAACAUUUCAGUGCUGUGGAAAAGAAAGCUCUGAACAGGUCCAACCCACAUGCCCAAAGGAGCUUCUAGGGCCCAAGAAUUGCAUUGAUGAAAUUGAGGCCAUAAUCAGUGUUAAGCUCCAGCUCAUCGGAAUUGUUGGUAUUGGGAUUGCAGGUCUCACGAUCUUUGGCAUGAUAUUCAGCAUGGUUCUUUGCUGUGCAAUACGAACCUCACGAGAUAUGAUAUGAAGCUACUUCUACAUGAAAAUUGCAAUCUAGAGCCUUCAUACGGCUGUCACCAGAACUGUCUCCUGGCUCAUUUUUAAUAUUCAAAGGACAUUAGGAUCUAAAAUAAUAUGCUGUUAAUUGUACAUUUGCACAUGUAUGUAUGUUUGGCUCAUUAUUCGUUUACCCCUUGAGUGAAUGCUGUGUAUGUUGACUGAGAUUCAUGUGUGAUCUGUGUGUUUCUGGUGUAUGCAUUGUACAUAAUGAAAUCUGUUUGCUGGAAAUUCCUGGUUCUUAUUGUAUCAGAGGAACAACCUAUUUGACUCUCAGAAAAAGAUCAUCAAACUUUGAUAAACUUUAAAAACUUGGCUAUUCAGAAGAAAUGAUAAUGGGUCAUUUUCUCAGAUUCUAGCCAUAGAAAGUUAGAUACAGAGAAUUCAGGAUUUCUGGUUAACGGAAGCAAUAAGUUACAGGACUUGAGAGAUCAUGGUGUAGUGCUAAAAUUGACUACAUCUGAGUUAGGUGUAAGGGUUUCCUGGGAUUUUUUUAUAUACAUACUCUACCCAGAACACAGUAAAACACAAUUUUAGAACUAAACACAUCUGUAAAACUAAAUAUAGCAUGGAAAAUCUAAUUUGAAUAAGUCAUACUUUCCUAGUAUUUAAAAACAAAAAACUCCCUCUGAAAAGAGUGGUCACACAGACAAUCGUGUGCCCUAUAAAAUGAGUGUUUUUAGGACUUUAAAAAAAUACCUUUUAGUAACUUUUUAAAGAAAUUUUUUGUUCUUAUAUAAAUACAUUUAAAUAUUACUUUAUAACUUUCUUUUUCUGACUCUGCUCUGAACUACAGCAGCCCUCAUAUGAACAAAAGGGCUUUUAUCUCAAAUUUUUCCAUGUUUCUCCAAAUGUACAAAUAGAAAGACAAAAGCAAGAGAUCUGGCAGUUGCAAAUAGUGGGAAAGAGAAUUUUUGCUGGCACUGUAUCUUUGAAAUACCUCAUAACUUGAGUUUACAUAUUUUCCUAAUUUCUUGUAUUUUUCUUAUUCACCUAGAGAAUUCUUCUUCAUAGAUUUUGACCUACAGUUUUCACCCCUUAAGAUAAAACAAAAUCCUUCCUAAUUCAAAUAUUAUAAGCAUCCUUGGCCAAACCAAAAGAAAGAAAAGCAUCUACUAGUUGUGUGCACAUAGCAGAGACAAGCUAAGAAAAUUAAAAUACUUAAACCCACAGAACAGAAAUAUUUUUUUCUGUGUAAAUCUCCUAUAAAAAUAAAAUUUUCAUGUUCU